AUGCUCAUCUUGCGCAUCGUCUUCAAGGCAGUCCUCGCCUUGGGCAUCUUUGCCCUGGCCAGUUCUGCCAUGUCAGAGAGCGUUCCCCUCGAUUCUGAGUCCACAGCUAUUACCAAGCACGCCCUUGCCGGCACUAGCGAAGCCUUCUCGACCCUCACCACCGAUACCGGCCUCUCUGCCCAUGCUGCUGAUAUCCCUCCUCAUGACUGCGAGGAUAUUCUCAAGCGCAGCAUUACUCCCCAGAUCGACUGCUCCUAUUCCGAUGAGGACUGUGCCUUUCAAGAUGACAUUGAGUACAUUAUUCGCAUCAAGCCCAUUGGCAAGACCAGCUCCCAUUGGUGCGGCAUGAUGCUUGAGCAGGUUGCAAAGGAGACCAGGUACCCCAAGGAGGGCAUCUUGAUGAAGAAGUGCGACCGCACCUACGAGGCCAACGAGAAUGGUCAUGGCAUGUGGCUUGUCCUCAAUCUUCCCCACAUACACUCCGUCGGCGACUGGCGCCUCGACGUUGAGCGGGCCAUCAGGAACAACAUGUGCCCUGAUGGUCCCGAGAUGAACUACUGGGUCAACGAGCGCUGCUACCGUUCUAGCAUCUGCAGCAAGCGCACUUGGAGUGAGUCGAAGCGCCGAGACCUUCCUGAGGUCUUCAAGCUGAUGUCUAAGUCGAUAUCCUACCCUAAGCGUCACAUCAUUCCAGACUUUCGCCCAGAGAUCAACAAGUCUGCUACCACUGCCGUCCUCGCCGCUAAGCACACCGCAACCCUCGCGCUCAAGGAGACGCCCAAGACCAUCAUCAACCCCAUCGCGAAAAUGAUUAGCAAAGACCUGCUUCUGAAUGACACUUCCACCGGCCUCAAGGCUUCCCGUCACUGCCCUUCCAGCGGCGAGCUUGGCAACAGCUGCGACAAGAUCGACCGUGAGACCACAAAGACCAUGGGCGUCCACUGCUCUUACGAGGCUUCGUCGGGCAAGAUGCACAACGUUCUGAAUUACAAGAUUGCCGUGCCCGCCACCGGUCAGGAUCUGACUUGCUGGUGUCGACAGGUUGUCGCUGCUAUCCGCGAGCGCUGCCCCCUUGGAGAGCACGACUGGGCCUACCCCAUCAACCAAUGCGACAAUAAACACGUCUACAACGAGCAUGGCUGGGGCGCUUCCGUCAGCUUCUACAACAACGUCUGGGUUGCUGGCGAGGACAACCGCGCUUGCGUUGAAGAGGCCAUCAAGGCUACCACAUGCGGUCUCGAAGUCUACUUCGACAUGGAUGGAUGCCGCGAGAUAGUCUAG